GCUCCGGGCCUGGCAUCCAGGCAGCCGGCUGUCUUUUCCGGCCCCGCGCCCCCUCGCGUAGCGGUCCUCUCUUGUGCGCGGGGAUCACCCCGAGCGGCCGCACCCUCUGGGUUGUGAGUGAGCUGCUUGGUGCGCCUGGCUUGCGAGAGGGACGUCUUGGCCUCCCCGCACCCUGCUGUGGGAGCAAGUGGGCCACCUAACCUGUUUGUGGCUUCCCACCCUGUGUUCAGCCAUGGCCAGCGAGAGCUCGCCUUUGCUGGCCUACCGGCUCCUGGGGGAAGAGGGGGCUGCCUUCCCAGCCAAUGGAGCUGGAGGUCCUGGAGGGGCGCCUGCCCGCAAGCUGUCUACCUUCCUGGGCGUGGUGGUGCCCACAGUCCUGUCUAUGUUCAGUAUAGUUGUCUUUCUGCGGAUUGGGUUCGUGGUGGGCCAUGCAGGGCUGCUGCAGGCCUUGGCCAUGCUACUGGUUGCUUAUAUCAUCCUGGCCCUCACUGUCCUGUCUGUCUGUGCCAUCGCCACCAAUGGAGCUGUCCGAGGAGGCGGGGCCUACUUCAUGAUCAGCCGGACCCUGGGGCCUGAGGUUGGAGGCAGCAUCGGCCUUAUGUUCUACCUGGCUAACGUCUGCGGCUGUGCCGUCUCCCUGCUGGGGCUAGUGGAGUCUGUGCUGGACGUCUUUGGGACUGAUGCCAUGGGGUCCAAUGGGCUCCGGGUUCUGCCCCAAGGUUACGGCUGGAACCUGCUCUACGGCUCCCUGCUCCUGGGCCUCGUAGGUGGCGUCUGCACACUGGGAGCCGGCCUCUAUGCUCGUGCCUCCUUCCUUACAUUCCUUUUGGUGUCUGGCUCCCUGGCCUCCGUGUUGAUCAGCUUUGUGGCUGUGGGGCCCAGGGACAUCCCUUUAGCUCCUCGGCCAGGCACCAAUGGCUCCUCUCUGCCAACCCGGUUCGGCCACUUCACUGGCUUCAACGUCAGCACACUGAAGGACAACUUGGGCGCUGGCUACGCUGAGGACUACACCACGGGGGCCAUGAUGAACUUUGCCAGUGUCUUUGCCGUCCUUUUUAAUGGUUGCACAGGCAUCAUGGCCGGGGCCAACAUGUCUGGGGAGCUGAAGGACCCCAGCCGGGCAAUUCCUCUGGGCACAAUCAUCGCAGUCGCCUACACUUUCUUCAUCUACAUCCUGCUUUUCUUUCUCUCCGGCUUCACUUGUGACAGGACCCUGCUGCAGGAAGACUAUGGGUUUUUUCGUGCCAUCAGCCUGUGGCCCCCGCUGGUGUUGAUUGGCAUCUAUGCAACAUCACUGUCGGCUUCCAUGAGCUCACUCAUUGGUGCCUCUCGCAUCCUGCAUGCCCUGGCCCAGGACGACCUCUUUGGAGUGAUCUUGGCCCCAGCCAAGGUUGUAUCUGGAGGGGGAAACCCCUGGGGUGCUGUCUUGUAUUCUUGGGGUCUUGUGCAGCUGGUGCUCUUGGCGGGGAAGCUGAAUACACUGGCUGCCGUGGUCACUGUCUUCUACUUGGUGGCUUAUGCUGCAGUGGAUCUGUCCUGCCUGAGCCUGGAAUGGGCCUCAGCCCCCAACUUCCGCCCCACCUUCACCCUGUUCUCCUGGCACACCUGCCUGCUGGGCGUGGCCUCCUGCCUGCUCAUGAUGUUCCUCAUCAGCCCCGGAGCCGCUGGGGGCUCCCUGCUCCUCAUGGGCCUGCUUUCUGCCCUACUCACAGCACGAGGAGGCCCCAGCAGCUGGGGCUACGUCAGCCAGGCCUUGCUCUUCCACCAGGUACGUAAGUACCUGCUCCGGCUGGAUGUCCGGAAGGAUCACGUGAAGUUCUGGCGGCCUCAGCUGCUGCUCCUGGUGGGGAACCCCCGGGGCGCCCUUCCUCUGCUGCGCUUGGCCAACCAGCUCAAGAAAGGGGGGCUGUAUGUACUGGGCCACGUCACCCUGGGAGACCUUGACGCGCUGCCCUCAGACCCUGUGCAGCCGCAGUAUGGGGCGUGGCUAAGUCUGGUGGACCGGGCCCAAGUGAAGGCCUUUGUGGACCUCACACUGUCGCCUUCUGUGCGCCAAGGGGCUCAGCAUCUGCUGCGGAUCUCGGGCCUAGGUGGUAUGAAGCCCAACACAUUGGUCCUGGGUUUCUACGAUGACGCCCCACCGCAGGACCAUUUCCUGACAGACCCAGCUUUCAUGGAGCCUGUGGAUGGCACUCAGGAGGGCAGAUCCCCAGCUCUGAGCACCCUGUUCCCCCCACCCAGAGCUCCUGGAAGCCCCCGGGCACUUAGUCCCCAGGACUACGUGGCCACCAUGGCAGAUGCCCUCAAGAUGAACAAGAAUGUGGUUCUGGCCCGGGCCUGUGGGGCUCUGCCCCCAGAGAGGCUGAGCCGGGGGUCUGGAAGCACCUCGCAAUUGCAUCACGUGGAUGUGUGGCCCCUCAACCUGCUGAGGCCCCGGGGUGGGCCCGGCUAUGUGGAUGUCUGUGGUCUCUUCCUGCUACAGAUGGCAACCAUCCUAGGCAUGGUGCCUGCCUGGCACAGUGCCCGGCUACGGAUCUUCCUGUGCUUGGGGCCUCAAGAGGCACCUGGGGCUGCUGAGGGGCGGCUUCGGGCACUGUUGAGCCAACUGAGGAUCCGGGCUGAGGUGCAGGAGGUGGUGUGGGGUGAGGGUGCUGGGGCUGGGGAGCCGGAGGAGGAGGAAGGGGACUUUGUGAACGGAGGGCUUGGUGAUGCCGAGGCAGGGGCUCUGGCCUGCAGUGCCAAUGCCCUCGUGCGGGCACAGCAGGGACGAGGCACCGGGGGAGGACCUGGGGGCCCUGAGGCUAGAGAUGGAGAUGAGGGACCCACCACGGCCCUCACCUUCCUCUACCUGCCCCGGCCGCCUGCCGAUCCUGCCCGCUAUCCCCGCUACCUGGCACUGCUGGAGACUCUGAGCCGGGACCUGGGCCCCACGCUGCUCAUUCAUGGUAUCACCCCUGUCACCUGCACUGACCUCUGAGUUUCAUUCUUCCUUGAAUGGCUAGGGAGGGCCCAGACUCAUUCUGAUUAAUGAACCAUCCACUCCCUCUUGGUCCUGUCCUUGCCAUGUGGAGCCAGGAGGACAUUGUAAGGGGACCCUGGGCAGGGGCAUUGACCUUUAAGGGGUCUUGUGGGG